AUGAAGAAUGCUGCUGAAAAAGAUCAAGGUAAACCUACCCAAGAGUACCCGGAGGCCCAAAUUUCUGAAUUAGGUGAAGAAGAAUACUUUUAUGAAGACUCUGACGAAGAAAUGGAAAUUAUCACUUGGCAAAAUAAUACCACUGGGCCGAUAUGGUGGGAAAAUGAGAAUGAAUUAAUGAACGCUAAUGAAUAUAUGACUCAAGAGUGGGAAGAAGAACUCAUCAAUAGCGAGGAAAUUACCUGGUUAACCAAAAAUGGGUACCAAAAUGGGAUAACCAAUAACUAUUACCUUGAAAACAAACCACAACCCAUGAACUGUGAUGAAGCAUACCUAAUCGAUAUUCCGCAGUGGGGAGAGGCCGCCGAAGGACUUGAAUUCGAAGGUAGCAGUGAUGAGGAAUAUGAAGAUACUGGAUAA